AGUCACUUCCCCUAUUGUGCGCACAAUCAUGCGCGGUUAGUCGGCGCCAUGCAGACGGCGGGGCUGUUUGGGGGCUUCUGUGCCCGAGCGUGGAGGGUGUCGCUGCGACUGGCCAGCUCCGGGAUGGCUCCCCAGCAACGGCUCACGAAUAAGGUGGCCCUGGUAACGGCCUCCACCGAUGGGAUUGGUUUUGCCAUCACCCGGCGUCUGGCCCAGGAGGGCGCCCACGUGGUCAUCAGCAGCCGGAAGCAGCAGAAUGUGGACCGGGCAGUGGCGGAGCUGCAGAGGGAAGGGCUGAGUGUGUCGGGCACCGUGUGCCACGUGGGGAAGGCCGAGGACCGCGAGCGGCUGGUGGCCACAGCUGUGAGGCUUCAUGGGGGUGUUGACAUCCUGGUCGCCAAUGCUGCUGUCAGCCCUUUCUUUGGAAACCUAAUGGAUGUCACUGAGGAGAUAUGGGACAAGAUUCUGGACAUUAAUGUGAAGGCCACAGCGCUGAUGACAAAGGCAGUGGUGCCAGAGAUGGAGAAACGAGGAGGUGGCUCAGUAGUGAUUGUGGCCUCCGUAGCAGCCUACAACCCGUUCCCUGGCCUGGGUCCUUACAAUGUUAGUAAAACAGCCUUGGUGGGCCUCACCAAGAACCUGGCCACAGAGCUGGCUGCAAGGAACAUUAGGGUGAACUGCCUGGCACCUGGAGUCAUCAAGACCAAAUUCAGCCAUGUGUUGUGGAUGGACAAGGCAAAAGAAGAAGGCAUAAAAGAAAGCCUGUGUAUAAAAAGGAUAGGCAAACCAGAGGAGUGUGCAGGCAUUGUGUCUUUUCUGUGCUCUGAAGAUGCCAGCUACAUCACUGGAGAGACAAUAGUGGUGGCUGGAGGGGCCCCCUCCCGCCUCUGAGGACCUGGAGAGAACCCACCAGGGCAGAGGCUAGGCUCCAACUCCUGGGCUCUGUUCCAGCAUCCAUGGACCAGCCUUUCCCACCUCUGCCUGUUAUACUUCUCACCUUAUACUCCCCCCUCCCCAGAAUCAAUUUGCCAGAUGAAAAGAGACAAUCUUUCCUGCAGUCAAGGUGUGGUCUUACUAGGACCCCAGCUGUUGGUGUGUUACACUGGAUAAAGGCUCCCCCUGAGACCACAGAGAAACCCUGGUGGUGUAGUGCUUAAGUGCUAUGGCUGCUAACCAAAGGGUUGACAGUUUGAAUCUGCCAGGCGUUCCUUGGAAACUAUGGGACAGGUCUACAAUGUCCUAUAGGGUCGCUAUGAGUUGGAAUCGACUCGACUACACUGGGUUUGGUUUUUGGUUUGAGACCACAGAGCAGGCCUGCUGAGAAGGCCGAAUCUGUUUUGGCAAAAACCAACUAGUAUUUUUUUUUCUGGGCAUCUGGGGAAUUCAAUUGUAGAUGAGAGAGAAGAAACCUGGAGUGGAAGGAGCAGAGUGGGAAAUUAACAACUUCCAAAUGAGAUGCAAAUAAAAUGCAGAUGAUUGUGUUGCUUUGA